AGCCAGACAACCAAGUCUUUCCUUAGCUGUCUGUAUUAUAAACCAGUGCUCAAUUUGGCCAAGCUUAAUCCAUCUCUUUAUGCAGUUCUACCGGAACUGUUGAACAUAAGACAACUGCGUCGUGCACUUAUCCACCUUUGGCACCAGAUUUCACGAUGUGAUGCUAAAGUUGCGUCAGAUUUGCGUCGAUCGUUACGCCCAAAGGACUAUAUGCUCUUCAGCCUGAACGAUUUAGAUCUCUACUCAGUGCAUGAUUUGGUUGAAGUUCAUUCCGGCCGUUUGGAACGUAAAAUCACUGCCGUACUUAGCAACGUGGCUUUGGCUCACGUCCACGGCUGUCUCGCAUGUCGUCGUCGUGCUUUACUGUGCGAUUUGUGUGAAGAUUUGCGAUACCCCAUCUGGCCGCAUGAAGUCACAACCUAUCGACGGGUACGCUGA